CCCAGCAGCACGUUGGGACGUCCAUUCCUUUUCAUUCCUUUCGCUUUUUUGAAAAUGAUCCAAACCACGUCCCGGGUUCAGGCAGCUCCUGUCAAGACUACGCUCACAGCCGUGGACGAUGUCAAGCCAACACCAGUGCCUGAUGUCAAGACGCUCAAGGAUGCCAUUCCCGCUCAUUGCUUCGAGCGAUCCAUGAUCCGUUCCUUCUCUUACGUGGUCCGCGAUCUCAUCAUCGUGAGCGCGCUCUUCUACUCUGCUGUCUGGCUGUCCCAGCUCGAUGCGCCCUUGCACGUUACCGUCCCGCUAUGGGCCCUCUACAGCUUCGUCCAAGGUUGCUUCUUUACUGGUCUUUGGAUUCUCGCCCACGAUUGCGGCCACGACUCUUUCUCGGCUAAUCUUACCGUCAAUGCUGUGACUGGCUGGUUUCUGCACAGUAUGUUGAUGGUUCCGUUCUUCAGCUGGAAGUUCAGCCACGCACGUCACCACCGUUACCACAACCACAUGGAGAAGGAUACCGUCUUCGUGCCGCACCGUAAAUCUGAGGCCAGGAAUGACCACACCAUCAUGGAAAAAAUCAUGGAUCACGCCGCUGCCGACACCCCAAUUGUCACUAUUGGCGCGCUCCUUUUCCACCAGCUGCUCGGCUGGCCAGCGUAUAUCUUGAUGAACGCCGGCGCCGGUGUGAAGAGUUUGACCAGGAGUGACCGAAUCCAGUCAUCUCGCUACAAGCAGAGUCACUUGGAUCCUACUGCCCCCGUUUUCACGCGUUCCGAGGCACCAUUGGUUGCCGUCAGUAACCUUGGUCUUCUCAUCACCAUGGGUGCUUUGUAUUUGGCCUCAAGGAGCGUCGGAACCGGAACUGUUCUGUUGGCAUAUGGAUUGCCCUAUCUGUGGAUGAACCACUGGAUCGUUGCCAUCACGUACCUUCAUCACACUCACCCUAAGGCCCCUCACUACGAAGCCGAAGAGUGGACUUUCAUAAAGGGCGCUGCUUCCACCGUUGAUCGCGACUUCGGUUUCAUCGGUCGCCACAUCUUCCACGGUAUCAUUGAGUAUCACGUGGUUCACCACAUGUUCCCGCGCAUUCCAUUCUACCAUGCCGAGGAGGCGACAUGGGCCAUUGCACCUGUUCUCGGUGAACGCUACAUCCAACAAAAGACCAACUUCUUCGGUGACCUAUGGCAGAGCUUCACCAACUGCAAGUACGUUGAACCGGGCACUGGUGCUCAAGCUGGAGGUUUGGUGUGGUCGAAGAACAAGUCUUCGUAA